CAGAAUAGCUUUUCGUUAUGGAUGUUCAACAGUUGUUUCAAAAUCUAAAGAAGGAAGCCGAGUGUCCGCUGUGCUUAGAAACUGUCAAAGAACCCAAAACGCUUCCAUGUUUACAUUCGUUCUGUUUAAACUGCCUUGACAAACAUGCCGGAUACGCAAGAAGACGGCGAGAAACGAAAAUCAAAUGUCCGGUUUGCCUGACCGACUUGAAUAUUCCAAAAGGUGAUACGUUCUGUGAUUUUCCAACAUCCUUUCAUCUUAAUCGAUUGGUGGAUGUCUUAGCUCUGAAUGAUGGUGAUGCAGAGACACAGACAUGCAAUAGCUGCGACGAUACUAGCGCUGUAACUUCGUAUUGUUUUGUUUGUCAAAGCUUACUCUGUUCAGCUUGUUUUGAAGCGCAUCAACGCUUGAAGGCCACGAGAGGUCACCGUAAUGUUUUUAUUGAGAAACUGCAAGCAAAAGAUGUCGAAGAAUUGAUGCAUCGACCUGCAAUGUGUACCCAGAAAUAUCACCAAAACGAAGCGCUCGAGUACUAUUGUCAAGAUUGCAAGGUCUCUGUCUGCGUGAAGUGUGGAUUUGUGAGUCACAAUGGCCAUGCUAUGGUGGAUAUCGAAGAAGCUGCGAUUGAUUGUAAGAAUAAAAUUAGCGAGGUCGUGAAAAAAGUAAAGCUUCAAGUAGCCGUUCUUGAAACACAAAUGAAAAGACAAACUGAACUUAUGAAUAAAAGCAUGGCUGAAAUAUAUGACGCUCAAGCUAAAGUGACAAAAACUGUGGAUGAACUUGUGAAAAUUUUGAGGGAACAUGAAAAGGCCGUAGAGACAAAGUUGAAACAGGUUAUUGAGACGCAACAAAGGAAUCAUGAAGGACGACUAGAAGUCUAUCAGUUAGCCAUUUCCCGACUGAAAAGCUGUGUUGAACGGGGAGAGGGCGUCGUACAGAGAAACGUGCCGGCUGACAUUUUGCAAGCGGAGCAGACAAUCAUCGGUCACUCUGAAGAAGUUUUGAAUGAAGCAGAAAUAAAGAUAUUCAAACCCAAUCAUUUUCAUUAUGUUCCAAAUGCAGAAAUUCUGAAUGUCAUUAAGUUACAUGGAUCCGGUCGAAUGGUUGCCGGACCUACCGACACUUUAUCGUCGACAGUUGCUGACGGUGAAAGCAUGGCUGAAAGUGUGAAAUCAGGCGACGAAAUUCUGUUUCACAUAACCACAAGGGAUUCACUCGGAGACCAGAUUUAUAAUCAAAAUGACCAAGUAACCGUUGAAGUAUACAACCCAUCAGGAUACCGCGACACAGCGAAAAUUAUAGAUCAUAAAGACGGACGCUACGAGGUGCGUUACACACCGAAGCAAGUUGGACGCAAUAACGUUGCGAUCUACGUCAAUGAAAUGCUAUUGGCUGGUAGCUCCUGGACUGUUCUUGUGACACCAUCUCAAAUUGCUUAUUGCAUCGCUCAGUGUCGAGAAACUGGGAACAUUGCGGUGGCUGACUAUGACAAUAAAAAAGUGCUUCUGUAUGAUUGUAGGUUAAAUUACCUAAGAACUAUAGUGGAUUUUGGACCAGACCGAAGACCAAGAUGUGUGGCGUUCACAAAAUUCUUUCUUGCUUCAAAUGUUAUCGUUAUUCAUGAAGAUACCUCGCCGCCGAGUAAAAAGUUUCCAGUUUUUAGCCACGUGAGUAAAAUUUCGGUUUUUUCUCAACAUGGUCACCCAUUCAUGGGCAUUGGCGGGGAAUUUUUGCGUAAUCCUUGCAGUGUGUCUGUCAAGAAUGAUGGUAGAUUAAUAGUGUGUGACUCGGGCGACAGGUCAAUUAAGCUCCUCUCUCCUGACGGGACGAAAUUGUUGAAGUCCUUCAGAGCAAGUGAUGAUGAGGCCUCUCCUUGGUUUGCUCUUCACGCUCAGGAAAAAUAUUUCGUGUCGUAUCGUACAGGUCAAAGUGUGAAGGUUUUCAACGAAGAUGGGGUGUACUUACACGAUAUCGGUGAAUUCGAUGGUCCAGCCGGACUAGCUGUCGACAAAUUCAACAACCUGAUUGCGUGUGAUUCUGAUGCCAAAUCUGUCGAAGUCAUCACUCUGAAAGGAAUAUUUAUCACCUCGCUGCCAGCUGGGAAAUAUCUCGAAUGCCCCUGCUCUGUUGUUGUUACAAAUGAUGGCGAUGUCCUUAUUGCGGAUGUAACUAGUGGCCUGAUUUUAAAAUUUCAUCAUCACGACUCUGGAUACCAAUUCCACGAGAAAAGAUAUUUGAUUUUGUGAAAAAGAGGCAAUUUAAGACCUGGUUAACUCGCUUUCAGGCAAAUGUUAUGCUCACAAAAACUUUUUGCUUACUCUAUGGUGGAAAUGGGCAUCUAGAUAACUUAGUUCUCUAUAACAAGACGUAAUACUUUUAUCCGCUUAAUUGGAUUUUUUAAGAAAACUGCGCAAUGGUUUCAAGUCAAUAUUACCUAAUUUUUUACAGUAACUCAAGCGGGAGCAGCUUUUUCUUCUUUGUUGUAUUAUUCAUUGCAAAAUUUCGCCAAAUUCCUUACAACAUGAAUUUUCGACAGUUUUUGACCUUUUCUGAUCCCUGUUCUAAUUUUAAUAUUGUUUUUCUAUGUCUGCACUAAGGUCUUAAAGGGUUUUUAACUUGAAAUUAAACUUUUAAACUUGACUUAAGAUUUUAUUUGACUUAAAAAGGGCGAGUUAUCUUUAUUGUUACCAGGUAUCACUAGCGUGAUACCGACACAAAACACAAUUUAUCUGAAGAAUUCUAUUUAGUAUUAGGAAAGUGCUGAAUCGAGGUAUCAUUGCCGCAUCCAUAAAUCGUGUUUUGCUACUAUUUAGGGUUUUUGUUCAAAAUCACCAUCUAAUUCUCUCUUCGCUUUUGUUACUGUUUUGUUUUUUCAUCCCCUAUCCCAAGGCAACACCCCUCCUUCCUUCACAAACUCUCUUUAGAUCUUUUUAAGACCAAUGAACCUAAUAUGACAUAUUUGACAAAAAAACACUUUUGCUGCGUGACUAAGUCAAAUAUGUAGAAAUUGUUUUAAUUCAUUCAGUACCAGCGAUUGCUCCACCAUUGUUUCGAUCGCUUUUAUUACCGAAGUAAGCUUUGCCAGAAGAGAUCGAAAGACGUGUAGACACAUUGUGUAGAAAAAGUAAAACAGAAGAUCAUUUUAA